UUAAAUGUCAGGAGAUAAGAUUUUACACAGUGUACAUGAAUAAAGUACGGUAUGACAGAUACAUAGUUGACCUAUUGUUUUUCCUAUCACAAAAUGAAAUUACUUUUAGUAAUUUUUGUGCUACACACUGGGUUAGGGUUUCUAUUGGACGAUUUCAACCGCAACCUUUACAGAUGUCCCCCUAUUAUACACCGAUCAGCUAGACUCUUCACGUAUGGCCAGUAUUGUAUAGAGUUUGUAGUCGGCAAUCCAACGUAUUGGAGUGAUGCAAGGGACUACUGCCACCAUCGGGGCGGUACUCUAGUGUCAAUUCCCGAUUCUGGUACCCAGAAGUUUCUGAUGAAGGCUGUAGAAUGGCAACAGUUUUCCCCGGAUUCGAAGGGGCUGUGGAUAGGACUCAAUGACAGGUCCAAUGAAAACCAUUAUGUCUGGGAAAACGGUGAUGGACUUCAUGGAUUUACGUAUUGGGGUAAAGACGAACCGAGUAAAUUGAUUCAUUUUGCUCAAGACUGCGUGGUAUUACAGAUCAAGGACGGUGGUCACUGGUGGGACGAACCGUGUGGACUCUGGCCCUUUACCUACAAUUUUAUAUGUCAAUAUGACAUGCUUCCAACAACUACCCAUAAAACUACUCAUACCACUAGUAAUAUAAAAACGACGACGGCUUCGACGCCAAUGAAAACAACGACGACGACGGUAAGAGAAACAACAUUGUCUACUACAUCACCAACAACUAAAACAACAACACCAGUUAUGAUGACGACAACAGUGGCAUGCCAGGAUAUAGAUUGCCAGAAGUCAUGUCCCGGCGGAUAUUCAGGCGUUUUCGUCGGCAAUGACGGAUGCAUUUCAUGUAGAUGUAUUUAAUACAUGGAUGAUACUGAAGUAUAACAAAACAAAACAAAACAAAGCAAA